AAUAGUGUGAAAAUAUUUUUCACCAAAAUAAAAUCGACAAACAUCGGCGUAAAUCCGCCAGAUUUUAUCGGAAUAAGUAGAAAGUCUAAUUAAUAAUGCCGCCUAAAUUCGAUCCCACCGAAGUAAAGUACGUUUACUUGAGAUGUGUAGGAGGAGAAGUAGGAGCUACAUCAUCUUUGGCUCCGAAAAUCGGUCCCCUUGGUCUGUCUCCCAAAAAAGUUGGUGACGAUAUUGCCAAGGGUACUGCCGACUGGAAAGGUUUAAAAAUUACGGUACAAUUGAAAAUUCAAAACCGUCAAGCCACCAUCUCUGUCGUACCAUCGGCUGCUUCCUUAAUUAUCAAGGCAUUGAAAGAACCUCCUCGUGACAGAAAGAAGCAGAAAAACAUUAAACACAGUGGAAACAUUACAUUCGAUGAAGUGCUUGCCAUUGCGAAGCAAAUGAGGCCUAGAUCAAUGGCCAAGAGCCUUUCUGGAACUGUUAAGGAAGUGCUAGGUACAGCUCAAUCUGUAGGUUGUACAAUUGACGGGAAAGCCCCUCACGACGUCAUAGAUGAAGUCAAUGAGGGUACUGUAGAAGUUCCAGAUGAGUAAACUAAAUAUAUGUCUUUUUUCUAAGUUUAUUUGGUUGUUUUAUUUUCCUAAUUUUGAAUUAAAUAUU